UGAGCUUCGGUAGCGAGCACAGAAAAUCGCCAUCAUGCACGUUGUACAGGCUUUGAGCAUUGUUGCGCUGACGCUUAUUUCCUCCAUGCCUUGGAGGUUGCAGGCUUCUCCUGGGGCCCGUCCGGUGGCUAACUGGAAGCACCCAGGAGUGCUGGCCUUGGAAACAGGAGGAAACUUCGAGGGAGAUAUUCUUCGGCCCACAAACAGCUCCACUGAUCGCAAUGCAGUUACGGAGAAGGACGAAUUGUGGCCCGGGGGAGUCAUUCCUUACGUCAUCGACGCUAAACUGAACGUGGUGAAGGCGGUAAUACCUUUCCUCUACGCAACACACAGGUGCAAUUCGAUUGUUGGACGCGCGGGCGGCGCUCAGGAGGUGUCCCUGGGUACCCACUGCCUCUACCAGGGUACAAUUGCACACGAGCUGAUGCACGCGGCAGGAUUUGACCACGAACAUUCACGUUCCGACAGGGACGAAUACAUUGACGUCUUCACAAAGAACGUGGAACCAGAAAACGUGGAACAGUUCGAGAAGCUCGCGCCUUGGAAGAACAGGCUGCUGACGCCCUUCGACAUGGACUCGAUCAUGCUAUACGGCUCGGCGACGUUUGCCCGAAAGCCAGGCCUGGUCACCAUGUUGGCCAAGGACGGCAGCCGCCUCAAAGAAGUUCACCAGAAGCGGGGAUUGAGCGCUAGCGAUGUGCGCAGGAUAAACAUGCUGUAUCAAUGCAAAAAUAAAAAGAUUUAG